UACGCGACGCGGGCGGGCAAUUUGAACGGGCUGCUGCUGUUGUUGUGAGUCUAAUCUGCCGAUUGUAAAGUAAACCCGGGUGAGAACGGGUUGUUUCGCCUGGAUACGGUCAGCAUGAACGACGGGAAGCUUCAAAACAUCAUGGCGGAGUCUAAUAACCUUAACGGCUCGCAGCGAAGACGGUCAGCACGGUUGAGUUCUCCUCCUCAGGCUAACGUAAAGACUGACAACAAAAUGGCGCGGCCCUCGGUCGCUGUUAAACGCUCCAUCACUGUGAGGAAAAUUGCACCCAGAAAAACAGUCGCACCGUCGGCGCACAACAAGGAGAACACGCCGAAGCGGGCGGUGUCUGAAGGCAACCAGAAGAAUAAGCUUAAGGUCUCCACCCCGGGUCAUGUCCCGGGCCCCGGUGGCUCCUCCUCGGCCAAGAAGAAGAAGGCCGCUAUGCCCUCACCGAUCCUCCCCUCCUCACCGCCGCCCCCUACUAAUCCUCAGCAGCCGGCAGCGGACCCAGAGGACGCGGUGUGGUCGCAGAAAGUGCGCCGGUCCUACAGCCGGCUGAGCGACAAGUCCGACUCGCGAGAGACCUUUUUCGGCUUCGAGAAGCUGAAGACCCCCGAGGUGUUCCGGAGAGUCGAGCAAUCCAAGACAGGACUGGAUUUGUCUGCUGUAUCCUUGUCUGGUCUGAACUCAUUCACAUCUUUGCUUGAGGCGGAAGAGCGCGGUCCAGCUUUCCCCGAGCCGGACCUAAACAUCCCUGGUGUGGCUGUCGUGAAAGAGAAGAGGAGGAGGAAGAAGGUCCAGCACAUUGACGCCACAGAGCUGGACGCAAUGGCUGCCAAGAUGAACGCUGAGUUUGAGGAGGCAGAGGUGUUUGAGCUGGUCGUGGAGUGAAUAUUGUGACUGAAAGACUGAAGGAAUUGCUUAUAGCAUGUUAUUUUUUCAUCACUGACAUGCUGAAAAACACUGACUCUGCGAGGACAACACUUACCUGUGUGUUUCAUACUCAAAACAUUCAAGUUUUGUAUAUUCCCAGCUCUAUGUAUUGUGUACUUUGUUUCUUUGGAGUUUCCUAUGUUUGGCUGUUCAUUUGAAUGCUCUUAAUAUGGUUGUUCAGGUCAUUAUGUGGUGGUGUAAUGGCAUAGUAUAGUCACAUGUGAGUUUCAAAAUAACCAGUAUGUUAGUUAGACAAGUAAAACCUAAAGCAUGUUCUUUGUUUUGGUUAUUAUGGAAACAAUUUUUGAAUCAAACAGAUUGUGUUUCCUGUGAUCAGAUACCUUAUAUUUGUUAUGUUAAAGGUCCAACUUGGAAUGGCAAAACUGCAUUUUGAACUUUAUUAAUAGACUUUUCGGUCACAAACUUGUUGUUUGUGCACAUGAUGCAUAGAAGGAAAAUAUGUGACAGAUUAAUAUGUAUGUAAUUACAUGUGGAAGCUGAGUAGAUUGUAAACUUUGAAACAUUAUUUUCAGUAAUGGUAGGAUCUGAAAGCUAUAAAGGGGUUGAAUCAGGAAAAAAUUGACUACUAGGCGGAAGUGACAUUUUGUUUUUCUUCAUUUACAAUAUUUGAAUCUGUGACAAACAUCAGAAACAUGGGCAGCAGUUCAGAGAUCUAUAGCCAGGAUACUACCAUUAAAUAAUGUUUUACAUCCACAUUUAAUUGAAAUAAAAGUUCAGAAUAAGACUGUAAAACAGCACCUAUCGAUGUUGUUCUUGGGCUAUAAAGU